AUGUCGGAAGAAACAAUUAUGUCUAUGAAUGUCCAGGAAAUUAAAAUUGAACCACCAGGAUAUUCAGUAGAGGACAUUAAACCCGAAUUUGUGGAGGAAUUAGAUGUUCCUGAUGCUAUUGGUAAAUCUGAAUUGUGUUCUGAGGAAGAUGAAACAUGUUUAGGAGGAUCCAAGAAGUCCGAAAUUUUCAUAGAAGAAGAAGUCGAACAGGAGUCUUAUGAAUGUGACAUUUGUAAGCAAUCAUUUGCAGAACCAGAUCAAUUAAAGGAGCAUAUGGUCAAUCACCUGCCUAGUCAAAGCGAAGAAAGACCUUUCAAAUGUGAAAUCUGUAACAAGACUUUCAAACUAUCAAGAGGUUUGAAAUCACACAUGAAUACACAUUUAAGUAAUCUGGAUAAACCCAAGCCAGUGCAAAGUGGAGUACGUUCCCUUGAAUGCAACGUAUGCAAUAAAACAUUCAAACAAUUAAGUAACCUCAAUACACACAUGCGCAUGCAUACUGGAGAAUGCCCCUACGAAUGCAGUAUAUGCAAUAAGACAUUCAGACAAUCAGGUAAUCUAAAAACUCACAUGCUAAUCCAUUACGGAGUACGCCCCCACGAAUGCAGCACAUGCAAUAAGACAUUCACAACAACAAGUGAUCUGAAAACUCACAUGCUGCUGCACAAUGGAGUACGCCCUCAUAAAUGCAAUACAUGCAAUAAAACAUUCAGACUAUUAGGUAGUCUGAAAAGCCACAUGGUCACUCAUAGUGGUGAGCGCCCCCACGAGUGCAACAUAUGCAAUAAGACAUUUACACAAUUAGGCAGUUUGAAAAGUCACAUGCUCAUUCAUAGUGGGGAGCGCCCCCAUGAAUGCAGGAUAUGCAAUAAGACGUUCCAAGUAUCAAGUCAUUUGAAAAGACACAUGCUGAUACACAGUGGAGUACGCCCCCAUGAAUGCAAUGUAUGCAAUAAGGGAUUCACACGAUUGAGUACUAUGAAAAAACACAUGCAGGUACAUGACAGAGUAUCCUUAAAUGAAAAGAAUGAUGAAAAUCAAUGA